UCAGCUAGAGCUUUGAAAUCGGAGAGAAGUCUAGCGUCGACUGCGGCGAGUGUCGACCCUAAGCGGCGCUAAAUGCAUCUUCGUCUGUUUCGUCAUCACCAAAACACGUUGCAUACAGGAAACAAUAACUAUUCAAAAACUGUUCAUGGGUGACCCCCGGUAUAGUUCAGUCCAUACCGCCUAUCUUUAGUUCGAGAUGCCUACAAAGUGGUGUGUGUUUGUUUUGAUUUGAGUGGUAACUGGAUAUUGUGUAGAGUGUUUACGGUGCUAUUGGAAGCUGUGAACUCGAACUGAUAUGAAUCAUGAUCCCCAGCCCGAAUGUUGUCACUGCGAGGCAUGGAAAGCACGUUUUUCAAUCAUAAGAACCCCAGCAGUCGCUCACUUUCAGCUCAACUAGUUAGUUUAUUUUCGCCGUGGGAUCUGAAACAUUUCUAGAUUUAUUUUUGGUUGAAAACAUGUGUCAGUGUUGAUAUCGGAAAGUAAUAAUAAUUAUUCAGUGCCAACAUCUGAUUAUCGCUCCGUAUCGAGUAGCGGGUUGUAAAAUUUUCUGUGAAAAUGUAAAAAGAACAAAAUGCCAUCAAAAAGGCAGUAUGACUUGGUGCAAAACGAUGACUACGAUACAAGAAUUCCACUCCAUCCCGAUGAAGCAUUUCAUCAUGGAAUUGUUUUUCAAGCCAAGUACAUCGGCACAUUGGACGUACCAAGACCCACAAGCAAAGUUGAAAUCGUGGCUGCCAUGCGAAGGAUACGGUACGAGUUCAAAGCCAAAGGAAUCAAGAAAAAGAAGGUGACAAUAGAAGUUUCCGUGGAUGGCGUCAAAGUUACACUGAGGAAAAAGCGAAAGGUGAGUGUUCUCGUUAAGAAACGAUGGAUAGAUGAUGGAAAAUCAGUAUUACUCAGCCAUCCCGUUUAUAGGAUAUUUUACGUUUCGCACGAUUCCCAGGACCUCAAGAUAUUUAGUUACAUAGCUAGAGACGGAGCAUCCAACGUUUUCAAAUGUGCUGUUUUCAAGUCGAAUAAGAAGAGCCAAGCCAUGCGAGUUGUGCGAACCAUAGGUCAAGCAUUUGAAGUGUGCCAUAAACUUUCGAUAAAUGCUCCCGAAAAUGAACAUCUGGAUCAAGAUGAACAAGAUACGCUUACGCAAGACUUACUUAGCGACCGUUUAAGUGAUAUUAAUAGUGAUAAGCCCAAGAGAG